AUGACGGGUUCGGCGAAGGGACGCUCACCUGCCUGCCUGCCCAAGCCCAACAAGCGCCAAGCCUUGUGCUCGAGCGUCUGUCCGAUCGUGCUGGUUAACUGCAUCCGGAAGGCCGUCUCUGUGAUGGUCCUCGCUCGGAUCCAGGAGAAGCCCGAUAAGCAGAUUGGCGAGUACCAGAGCUGCUUCGUUCCUGGACGCAGUACGGCCGAUGUCUUGUGGUCGCACCAGUGGCCUGUCGCCCAGAUCCGCCAGUAUGAUGAGCAGUUCUCUAUCCUAGGUAUCGACUUCUUCUGUGCGUUCGACACGAUCGACUGCGCGAAGGUCCUCACGGUGCUCUGA